AUGUGUGACGAGUUCUUUGGAGACUUGUUAGAAGAAGAGUUGGAAAAUUUGGGAAAAGCUGCAUUUGUCGUUGGUGUUUCCGGUUUUCUUUUGAAGCAAGCGAUAGGGGCGCGUAGUUUUCUUCGUGGGGACCCCGUGCAAAACAGCAUUGUUGCGCACCUUCCCCAGGGAUAUGACCGGAGCAUCAUUGCCGCUCGAGUCAGCCAACCGCUCACAAAAAGCCUAAUGAUCGACGCACUGGCUAUUGGCGCAAUAAAAGAACGGUUACGGCGUGCCACUACUCCAGGUGAUAAGGUGGCUAUCUUCUCUGAACUCUUUAACACAACACUCGCGGGGAUUCUUAGUGCCGCCUACAUUCACAGUUUGACUAUCACACUUCAUGUGAUGAGGCACACAAUGUCUCUCUUGGUAUUCGUUCUUGGAAAGCAGGAAGCAAGCAGCGGUACGCGCCGCGCUAAUACUUCCUUGCUCUCCAAAUUUCGUAGUUGGUGGCAUCAGGGCACACAGAAUUUCAUGUUGCAGACACUCUUGGAAAACAUGACUCAGCAAAUGGAAGCUUCACCCUUCUCGCUCAUGAUGGAUGAUGAUAAUAUGAAGACUGAGGAUGUGAAGCAGGGAUUUUGUGUAGACGCGCUUCUGCGGCUCGCUGUUCCUCGGGUUGUGGAUACUGCACUCCAUGUAGUGAAUACCACGUUGGAGGGCAGAGAUUCACAACUUUUUAACCUGACGGGAAGCGUGACCGAGGGCGAGAUGCGUGAUCUACUGCAAACAUUGUGCGCAAAAUUUGUUUCACGUGCCACACUCUCGGAUUGGCUCACACCACCUUCUGAGGAAUUAAAAGACUCGGAUGGUGGCGUCUUAAACACCUCACCUCCUCCACAAGGUAUGGGGGACGGAGAGUCUGGUGGUGAAAGUCCGGGUGGAAGGGACAAGGCAAUGAGCAAUGGGGAUUCUUUAAUGUCUAAUGACGAGCAAAGCGAAGAUCGGUUGGGACUUGGUGGUGGUGGUGGUGGUGGCAUGCCACUCCAAGGGGUGUUCCCACCGCUUAGCGCCAAUUUUUUUCCUAUGGCUAAUGGAGCCGCCCACGCUGAGGAAAUGCACACUGCUCACAGGAACCGGCUGAUACAUGAGAAACUGAGGCGAGAGCGGGCGGCUGGGUUCUUCCGCGAAAUUGUUCACAGUGUAUCACUCAGCGAAUUAUGUAUUGCGUACACUGAAGAGUUGCUGGGGGCCGCAGUCGCGGUUACCACGGACUUUUCUUCCCUUCGACCAGAGGGAGAUUCGACCGUCGCUGUACGUGUGCCUCAAAUGCUACCGUUGCUAGAGAAGCAGCGGCUGGAUAUGUUUGAUUGUGACUUCCAAGUGCAGCCGUACGUGCGACUGCUGUGUGAGGAGACGAUUAGAGUUACAUGCCGCGAUUUAUAA